AGGGGGCUGCACGGGCUGGCGCUCUCUCUCGCAGGGGGAGUGGACAGAGUCCGGGUUAUUAUUUAUCACGAAACCGGUUUGUUCAUGUAGCAUGUAUUUAUGCGAUGGCGAAAAUGUUGGGAAUCGAUGGUAUGCAGAUUACGUAGCCUUGAACCCUGAGCGUGCAAAUCGUCUACAUCUGUUCUGGAUCUUUCGCUGUCUGUCAACAAUAGAGCCACAAGGCGCUCGGUAGCGCGCUGCACCCAAAGCCAAGUUUCGUGUCGGCGUAAAUGCAUAUAGUCUCGAAGCUUUACAAAUAUUGUUUAGCAUCCUGUUGAUGUAAAUACAGUAACGUAAACUUGGACUGCAUCGUUUGCACGCGCGACGUCAUGCAGUAGAUGAGUGUACAAGGAAGAUGAAUCGAGGUCAGUUGAAAGGGAAUAACAAAGAGAACCUGCUCUGCAGUCUCGCGAGCAACCAUUAGCGGAAGCGGCGCGUUGUUGUAGAGUUUUGACAUUCGAACUUCGCAUGAUCGCUAGAGACGGUUUAGAGCGGAGGCACAGUAACCGACGUUAACCAUUUUGUCGGACUUUUACCGAAUAUAAAUUACGUUAAGAUAGAGACGCUGAGCUUUUCAUUUGCUUCGCGCCGGAUAAACGUUAUUUCAAAUACUGAGCACGCGCGUUUGGGGAAUUACCGGUUAAACCUGGAGUUGGCCGUUGGUUUUUCACCGAUAACUGAAGAAGAUGACGACGACACUUAACAUUAUGUGAAUCAGACGCAACCGUUAAACUUUGUGCUCUGGCACGACCUCGAAGUUGAAAGUGAUUAUUACAUUUAUCAGCAGGCUACUGCCCUGCCCCCUCAGGAGACCCCCUAUGUGGAUUGAAUACACCCCGCAGUUUUACACAGGAUGGGUGAGCUGGAUGUGAGGUCUCCUUUUUGUCAUCAUCAUCAACAACGUAUUUUGAUCUGUGCAUGGAUCCUGCGUUACUUUUAUCACCAAGCACUUCCUGUGCUCCUCUCCAACACCUUAGUUUGCAAGAGUAUUGACUUUAUCUGAACUGCUGUUUUGAGAGGAGAGAGGUUUGGCAAGUGUUUACUUGGUUUGAAGCAACCUCUUCUCGUUGUCACAUAUUUAUACUGCUUUUUUUUCCAUGUAUGGAUAGCAUAUAAGAUUUGACCCGACUUCUCGCUCCACUCAGUGGAGAAAUGUCAGAAAAUCUCAACGACAAUAUGGUCAAGUUCCUUUCCCCCCCUUCGAAGAACAUCAGCGGCUCCAGCUCAGACACGCUGGUGGGCGAGCGUCUCGGUGUCGAGGUCCGCCGUCGCCACCACACCAUGGAGCGAGAACUGCUGAAGGCAGAGCACCACCGUUUCUUCCGCCGCAGCGUCAUCAACGACUCCAAUGCUACGGCGCUGGAGCUGCCCAGCAAGAACGCAAUCCUAACCAUCUCAACGGACUCCCACGCUCUUGUUUGUGAACCUCCUGCCUUGGAAACCAAAGUCGCUUCAGUGGCCACACAAUCUGAAGGGUUGGUUGCACCAGAAGAGGAGGGUGACGGUGUCAAAACAGCUGUAGAGUCAACGCCGGUGUUGGUUGCGAAUACCACACGUCUUCUCGCUGCAGAAGCACCACGUUUGAUUGCAGAGUUGAAGUCUGGAGAUAGUGCUGAUGCAAAACGAGAGGAUGAGAAAGAGGAGGAUGAAGAAGGUAAAGACAAGGCACGAGCUAAGGCAGAUUUGCGGGAUGCGAAGGCGGAGCUGGAAGACAAUGAGGAAGUUGAGACAAACGCAGUCGGGACGUCGCUGGAUGGCCGCUUCUUGAAGUUCGACAUUGAGAUUGGACGUGGCUCUUUUAAGACAGUCUACAAGGGUCUGGAUACUGAAACCACAGUGGAGGUGGCAUGGUGCGAGUUGCAGGAUCGCAAGUUGUCCAAGUCAGAGCGGCAGCGUUUUAAAGAGGAAGCCGGAAUGUUGAAGGGUCUUCAGCAUCCCAACAUAGUACGCUUCUACGACUCCUGGGAGUCAUCCUUGAAAGGGAGGAAGUAUAUUGUCCUGGUGACUGAACUCAUGACAUCUGGGACACUCAAGACGUAUCUAAAACGGUUUAAGGAGAUGAAGAUCAAAGUCCUGCGCAGCUGGUGCCGGCAGAUUCUGAAGGGGCUGCACUUCCUUCAUACCAGGUCGCCUCCCAUCAUCCACCGGGACCUCAAGUGUGACAACAUCUUCAUCACCGGACCUACCGGAUCUGUCAAGAUUGGAGACUUGGGCCUGGCUACCCUAAAGAGGACCUCCUUUGCCAAGAGCGUCAUAGGUACCCCUGAGUUCAUGGCGCCUGAGAUGUAUGAGGAGAAGUAUGACGAAUCGGUGGAUGUGUAUGCCUUUGGGAUGUGUAUGCUGGAGAUGGCUACUUCUGAGUAUCCGUACUCCGAGUGUCAAAAUGCAGCUCAGAUCUAUCGCAGAGUCACCAGCGGGGUGAAGCCUGGCAGUUUUGACAAAGUGGCUAUUCCUGAAGUGAAGGAGAUCAUUGAGGGUUGCAUACGUCAGAAUAAAGACGAGAGGUAUUGCAUCAAGGACCUCCUAAGUCAUGCGUUUUUCCAGGAGGAAACUGGGGUUCGUGUAGAGCUGGCUGAGGAGGAUGAUGGAGAGCUAGUGUCCAUAAAGUUGUUGCUGCGCAUUGAGGAUGUAAAAAAACUUAAAGGGAAAUACAAAGAGAAUGAAGCCAUUGAAUUUUCCUUUGACUUGCAUAAAGACGUCCCAGAUGACGUUGCCCAAGAAAUGGUCGAUUCGGGCUAUGUUUGUGAGGGUGACCACAAGACCAUUGCAAAGGCCAUAAAGGACAGAGUGUCCCUGAUCUCCCGUAAGAGAGAGCAGAGAAAACUUGUGAGAGAGGAACAAGAAAAGAGGAAGAUGGUGCAGGAGAAUGACCCCUCGCACCUUGGACCGCAUAGCGACACCACAGCCAAGCCCCCUGGUCCCGCUCUGGCCUCGGUCAUUAUGGAGUCUGAAGAACAUGAAGCAGACCAGCAACUGCAGCAGCCUGGGGCCUCUGCUUCAACUGUAGGUUUUGUGGACCCUCAAGGUUCAGCGUCUGUCCCUGAGACUCACCCUGCCCAGCCAGGCACAUCUUUCAGCACCGUGCAGCCUGAUCCACAGCCACAGCACCCCAUGACCCAUCCACAAAGCAUGUCCCAGCACCCAGCCCAGGCCCCUCUGCAGCAGCCGAGAAGUACUUUGACCCCGGGUCCCACCGCUCAGACUGGAACUGUGGCCACACCCCAGGUGAUGGGUCAGGCGGCCGCUCUGCCCUCUGCCGUUCAACCUACCGUCCCCUUGCAGUACCAUCAGCCACCUCAAGAUGGCAGCGCCCCCCCUCCAGGCCCUCAAAUCUUACAGAUAUGGGCAUGUCAAGUCAGCCCUCCUGUUUUCUCACCACCUCCAAAUGCUGAACAGCUCUAUUUUCUAUAUCAGGCCCGUCAGGCACCACUGACCGUGUCCCAACCGCAGCCAGUAGAGCAGUCACAACCUCAAACAUCUCUAGUUCCAGCCUCCACAGAAAGUGGUCACUCCGAUGCUGCUUCUGGUCUGAGCGAUGGGAAUGAGGGCAGGCAUGAGGGGCACUCUAUGAAACGACCCCAGAGCCGCUCUGUACGCAGCCAUUCACGCCACGAAAAGAUGGCCAAGGCCAAGCUCAAGCUCAAUGUACUGAAUAUUUCUAAUAUUGGGGACCGAGUCGCUGAAUGUCAGCUGGAAACCCAUAACAGGAAAAUGGUCACAUUCAAGUUUGAUUUGGAUGGAGAUAAUCCUGUAGAAAUUGCUGAAAUUAUGAUCAAAAGUGAUUUUAUCUUGGAGAGCGAGCGGGAAUCCUUCAUAGAGCAGGUUCGAGAUGUCAUUCAGAUGGCAGAUCAGAAAGGAAAAGCUCAGAAAAAUAGCCAAAAUCAGGUAAGCAGUAAUUUGGGCCAGCAAGUACCUGAAAUUUCAACAUCCAGUGUGCCUGGUGUGCCACCUAGCGUAGCAGCACAGGUUGUACAUUCAGCAGGCCGGCGCUUCAUAGUUAGCCCAGUGCCUGAAGCAAGACUUUGUGAGCCGUUUUUUGGACCUCCUUCUGCAAACACAUCAUUUGAAGACUCUACACCAGCAUCUGAUCCCACACCAGCCAGCAGUGUUCAGCAGGACCAAGCUAGCUUUGCACCCGGCUCAGCCCAGAUUUCUGUAGUACCACCCACACCUGGAGGUCAUGCCCCAGAGACUUCUCAAUACCAGAGCACUGUCCCAGCAACCACUGCAACUCUGACAGCAGUCACCACUCAAGUAACCACUCCUACACCAUCUACCACUCAGCAAACCAGAACAGGGAGGAUGUCUCCUUCUCCAGCCCCAACUGAAUCACCAGCUCCACGUCGGCUGUCAAUUCCCACCACUUCCCAAACUCCUCAAAAUGUUGUGGCUGAGAGCAAUGGCUUGGAUCAAGCUCAAGCCGGUAUCCAACAGGUGCAAGUCGGCCCCUCCUCUGUCCCUGUGACGCAACCAUCUGCGACAGGAGAUGGUGAGAGUGAUGUACAGGGGAAGCCGCCUGGAAUUGAAGACAUUCAUGCUUUAGAUCAGAAGCUGCGUUCCCUUUUCAAUGACUCCUCCCAGAGCUCCUCCAACCAACCUGAUGGAUCUGGAGAGACGUCUACAUCCUCUCCACCCAACACUAUCAGCACUAACACUCCUGGUUUUGUCUCCGGUGCGACGCCUACCAGUUUGUCUCUCAGUUCCAGUGGGAACUUUGCACCUGGUGCUUUUGCCUCUAUUGUGACACCUACAAGCUAUGCCCAGACACCAUCUGCAGAUCCGUCCCCACAAAGGCCACAGACCUCUGUAUCUGUAACUCAACCAGAUGGACAGACCAUCGCUGAGGAGAAAGAGCCAGCAACAUCACCACCCAAGAAAGCUUUCAAACUUGGCCGAUUUCAGGUUUCUGUGGCCAGUGAUCAAGACCCAGGCACUGCUCAAGAUCCAGCAGUCAUAGUCUCAUCUUCCUCCAUCACCCCAUCUUCAACAACAUCAUCAUCAUCCUCUUCCUCAUCAUCACCAUCAUCUCUCUCUAGCCCUGAAAACACUGUUCAUAAAUCUCAGAUCCCUCCCAGGGUCAGCCCUGAACCCGUCCCAUCUACCACUACAGUCGGCCGCUUUCAGGUGACAUCUAGCACUGACAUCAAAGUGGGCCACUACUCAGUGACUCCAGCAGAAGGAAAGAGCUCCUCCAUAAGCUCUGCUGAGGGACCAGACUCCGCUAAAGAGUCUAAAAUGACCCCUUCCAGCGUGUCCAUCACGAAUCACUACCUCAGCAGUGACAACGACUCGGAACCAGAAGAUGAGGGCUUUAAACGAGAGAUGAACAAGCUCAGGGAGAGACAUAUGGGUGAGAUCCAGGUAUUACAGAACAAACAGAAGGAGGAAAUCGAGGAACUCUAUACACGUCUGGGCAAAAUGCCGCCCUCUGUGGUGAUCCCUCCAACCGUGGCCAUUGCAGCAGGCAGAAGGAGACCCACUAAGGGCAAGGGGACCAGGUCAAGAAGUGGUAGUGGUACUGGUUCUUUUCAACAAGGGAACAAACAAGCUGUACAGAGUGGAAGUUCAGUCAAUCAGUCAGCCACUGGAAAGACUGAAACCAUACCAGGCUUAAACGUUCAUGUGCAAGGUACCACAAGUCCAGUGAGAGAAGAGAACGGACAGAGCCAUGACCAGGACCAAGCACCUGCUGCUAAUCUGCCACACAAGGGCACAUUCACAGCUGACCUCCAUCAGCUGGUUGAUAACUGGGCCAGGGAUGCCAAGAACAAGAUGCCACAGAUGCCACGUAAAUACUCUGCACCAGGUCAGCUUUGUUCCAUGGGUGGCCACAUGCCAGCCACCAUCAACCCUACAGCCGGGCGGAAGGGUUCACUGUGUGUGCCCAAUCAGCAGUUAGGCUACACCUGCCCCACCUAUAGCAUGCCCCAGUGGGCUCAGACAAGCCCGCUGUCAUCCACCGCUCCCCCCGCAGGACUACAGCAGGGCUUCCUCAUACCCUCAGGAGCUCACCAGUCUGGAAACAGCUGCGGGUCAACCAAUCUACGCACCACUCAGGCGAGCUGAAACAGCAGGGUUGGUUCAAGGAAGGGAAAAGCUGUGCCUCGUGGGGUUGAGAUUAUCGGACCUAGUCCUUUACAUGGACGUGUUUUAUCCGACAGUUUACAUUGGAAAGACUUUCAGGUCCAUAUAAUGUGACUCGGGUUAUUCGAAUCUGCUAUUUAAAGACUGAGAUGAAUGUGUACAUUUGAUAAAGAGGCGCAGGAAGGGUUAAACUGGUUUAAGUCGUCUUAAACAUAAGAUAUAUAGCCUUAUAGUACGGAUACCGUCCUUAUUGUAAUAAAGUCAGGCAGUGAAAUACAGGGAUGGUGUUGCAGUUUACCUACAGAAGAGUUAGUGGAUGAAUGGAAAGAGAAGACCACCACCAACACAAGCCUGAACGAGUGUAUCCUACAUACGAGUCUAGAUUGUUGGAAGACGGAUAAAGAAGGUAGGAAGGAAGGAAUGUUAGGAGUAACGACAUUUUAGAGACAAGUAUUGGGGGACUUCUGUCCUAAUUUGCUUAAGUUGGGCUUUGAAAUGAAAGGAAGAGAAUGUGCAGUUGAGGGAGAUUUAAGCAGGGUUUUAUAGCUCUUCGUACUUGUAUGUAUUUCAUAGCAUUGUUAAUUCGUGGCUUUUUUUUUAAUAUCAUUUAUGAUGAGCUUACAAUAAUACAGUGUAUCUUAUAUAGACAUUCACCACUACUCCCUGUCCAACCCCUUGUAUGUAAGUGGAUAGAAAGCUUAAUUUGGAUGAGAGUGAGCAUCCUGUAUGAAAGCACAUUUCUUCGUCCAAUCACAUGUUGCUUUCAAUUUGAAUUAAGCUAGCCUUAAACCACAGGAUUAUGUCUUCCCCAUCUUUAAAAUGUCACACAACCAUCAAAGCCCUUGCUGUAGUAAAUGAAAUACUUGAUCUUUGUGGUGAAAAGAUUUAAUAUGGUGCAUUUGACUGCAGCAACAUAGAAGUACAGUAUUAAACUACAGCACCUCAUUACCAGUUUGUUAAAUCACUCCCCCAAACCAUUUUUUCUAUACCACAAAUUGAGUGCCAAUCGUUUGCGGAAGUGGCGUCCCGUCACCUCUAAAAUGAUCCGCUUGACUUCUCUAGAGAAGGUAAAUGUUACUGCAAUGCAGAAAACACAGCGUUUAAAGGUUUAACCAACCAGGGAGGGUUUAUUUGUUACUUUUGAUACUUGAGUGCACAGAUUUGAAUCCUUUGUAAUUGACCAAAACCGCAUUUAGACCGUUAAAACCGUUGAAAUACCACUAAUCACAGUCACACGAUCCCGUCACAUAACUGAAAUUCUGAAAACUGCAUGGUUUCACAAUCCACAACUCACAUGUUCCCAUAAAAAAACAGCAUUAAAUUUGUGGGGUCAAAAAUUGCUGCUGAUGUUUUCUUUCAAAAAGCUUCCAUCCAGGGUCCUUUUGUUGAUUAUCUAUGGUUUUGUGU